AUGCACGGCAUCUACCGGUCAAUUAAUUCAAACUUUAAUUUCGGAAAGGUCCUACCGAGGGCGCCACUGCCGCCGUGCCAUGUUGCCGCCCAAAAUCAAUAUCAGCGAGGAGGCGGCAAAAUAGAGCGCGCGGGGUGUCCUGGAAUCUGUGGCCCGCAGGCCGCGACCACUGCAACCCUGUCUUUCUCAAGCUUCCGCAACUCCUUCACCACCAAUGUCAAUUACCUGAAACGAAGAUUCAGCUCGGGGGAUCUCCAGUCGGAGUGCGAUGAAGGAGAAGUGGACCCCUACACGGGCCGCCCGGCGACCACCAGCCAGCCCAAGCCGCAGAAUCAGAGGCCGCCCUCCCAGGCAACUGGAGGUAGCAUCGGCAGCGCAUCCGGUGCGCCGGCGCCGGCUGCGGCCACGGCAGCUGGAGGGGAUCUCUCAUUGAACCUUCGUGGAGGCUCACGCGGCACCUCGGCACCAUCUUCACCGGCCAAAUCGAGGGAAUCUUUGCUGCAACGCGUUCAGUCGCUGACUGGAGCCGCCAGAGAUCAAGGCGCUAAUCUCCUUGGGAGUGUGACAUCAGUAGCUUCAGUCGGUCGCGGCUACAACCGGGAUCGAUGUGUGACCCUUUUGGUCGUAGAUGACCAGAACACCGACUGGUCCAAAUACUUCAGGGGUCGUCGCUUGCCCGGAGACUGGGACAUUCGCGUUGAACAAGCAGAGUUCAGGGAGCUGUCAGUCACAGCCAACUCGGAUGGGGCUAAUGUAUCCAUGGCAGUAUAUCGCAGUGGUACUAAGGUCACCCGAUGUUUCAAGCCAGAGUUCGUUCUGGUGCGGCAAAACGUCCGCGACGCAGGCGCCGACUAUCGCGCCUUGCUUUUGGGCCUCAAGUUCGGUGGGGUGCCUUCCAUCAACAGCCUCAACUCUAUCUAUCACUUCCAGGAUAGACCGUGGGUCUUCGGCCACCUUUUACAACUGCAGCGUCGCUUGGGAAGGGAAAACUUCCCACUCAUCGAGCAAACCUACUACCAUAAUCACACGGAUAUGGUAACGGCUCCGAAGUUCCCAGUUGUGAUCAAGAUAGGUCACGCUCACAGCGGAGUGGCUAAAGUGAAAGUGGACACCCUGGCCGACUUCCAGGAUAUUGCCGGGGUCGUGGCAAUGCUGGGGACCUAUUGCACCGUGGAGCCCUACAUCGAUGCAAAAUACGACAUCCAUAUACAGAAAAUAGGCACUAACUACAAAGCCUUUAUGCGCAAAUCCAUAUCGGGAAAUUGGAAAACCAAUCAGGGAUCGGCCAUGUUGGAGGCCAUUGGUAUGAACGACAGAUACAAGAUGUGGAUUGAUGAGGUCAGUGAAAUUUUCGGAGGUUUGGAAGUUUGCGCUUUGGAGCUGGUCGUGGGAAAAGAUGGCCGCGAGCACAUCAUCGAGUUGAAUGACUCCGCCACCUCGUUCAUGGGAGACUCCCAGGAAGAGGACCGCCGUCAUCUAGCAGAGCUGGUGCUUCAACGUAUGCAGGCUGUUUGCCGACCAGGCAUAACAAAGACGACAUCCCGAUCCUCAGUAUCAGGCAGUUCAGCCGCCGCGUCCCCCGAAGAGAGGUCGAUGCCGCUGCCGGGAGGGCCGCCGAGCGUGCCGCCGCCUGCGCCACUGGCCUCCGCCGCUAGCAUCGACCGCCCGCUGCCGCCCAUCCCGGCUGAACCAUCGCAGCCGCCGCCGCCGCCUCUCACCAGGCGGGACUCUCAAGCUUCACAAUCAUCCACCGUGUCAUCCGCUUCGGCCGCGCCCAGCACCGGCAGCGCCCCGAGCGGCACGGCGCCUACAGGCUCGGCCUCCGGUCGGGGGGGCUUCGCCCGCCAGGGCUCCCUCAGCGCCGCGCUUACUGAAGACGCAGAAGACACCAUGAAAAACCUUCGAAAGACCUUCGCGGGCAUUUUCGGCGAUAUGUAAACGUAGACGUUCUUGUACGGGAAUUGGACGGUAUUUGUACCAGGCUACGAAUAUUCUGAAAAACGUAUAAUAUGCUAGCUACGGUGUUGUACAGUCCCUACCAUUCAUAGACAUGUUAUAAUCGAAAUACGAAAUAUUCCUUAGCCGGCAGCAUGAAGCAGUUAUAUUUAAGUACAUAGAGCUCAAGAAAUAACUCAUGUAGAUAGCCACAUGGUACAAUACACGUUUCUUGUCCGGCACAACAUUCAAUUUAAUUUGUUUAAAAUAUUGACAUUUUAAUACAUACCUACCUAUACACAAUUAUCUUUAAGUAAUUUGGAACAGUAGCUGAAUAAAAUUAUCCGGUAUGAAGCUCAAGAAGCAUUUUUAUAAAAAACAAUGCUCAGUUUCAAAUUAAUAUUACACACCUACCGAGUUUUGAAGGGACCACCCCUUUAACCCAAAGUCCUGUCAAAAAGAGGCCGCAUAUAAACAGAAAAGUUAGUCUAGUCUUAAUAUAAAAUAAGUUUAGAUUUUUUACAAUAAGUUUAUUAUAAAUAUGAAAAUACGAAUCAUCUGAGCUGCAUUGUGAUGGAACCCGUGCGGUACCGGCGAGCGCCCGUGCUGCGCCGCGUCGUAGUAAACUUCUCUUUCACUGUCAGACUCCCUUCUUUACUUGCUGCACUUGUAAAAGUCGCUGAGAUUUACUUCUACAUUUCACACAUGUGACUCAUGUUUUUUUAGUGUUAAUAUUAUUAAGGACGAAUAAUAUGUUGUGGCAAUAAGUAGAAAGAACAAUUUAAGGGAUAUCGUUACAAUUUUUUCAAGUUUUAUAUGAAAGCGUGUUGCUUCUUUGUGUACUCGUAGAAUAAUCUGAAUGAACUGAUUCUUUAUUAAUUCCUAAACUAAACCAAAGAUUUAUUUUCUUAAAUUUACUUUAUUAUUCAUUAAUCAAAAUUGUUGGCAAAUGCGCUCUGAGCAAUGCUAUUUGAGACAAUAUUGUUAAAAGCGAGAAUUGAUCCACAUUUUAUACAUUAUUACUAGAUGUAUCUAAUAGAAUAGUAUGGUAAGAUCUUGUUAUGCGUAUGACCUUAUAUGAACAUUCAUACGGAGUUUUUCUUAUUUAAAAUUUUGUUUGUCUAUUUGAAAUGCUGCACUCUCAGUGCAAUAUUUCCUACUUCAUAUUCUUACUGCGAGUGUCUCACUCGAUCAUUGUGCUAUGUAUAGGUAACAAAGAUUUUGGAAAGUUAAACUUGAAUGUCAACGAAGUCUGACUGAUCGUCAUAUCAGGAAAAAUCUAAUGUUAUCUAUUUCGUCAAGCGCAUUGUGCUUUUCAUAUCUUUUUAGUAAAUAUUAUCUACCUUUAGUAGUAAGCUUAAUAUAACCUACUUAAUUAUUUAGCAAACGCGAGUUUGAAGUAGACAAAUAAUUUAAAAUGUGUCGUAGAAUAUUGUAUGUAAUAACCUAUUAUUAUAUGCGUCGAAUUUACGGGUUAACUGUCAGAUUUUAUUUAUUAAAACUUAGCAAAAAAUUAUAGCAAAUUAUUAGCAUUUUAAGUUUGUAUAAUGCUCCAACUGAAACCUACUUAUUGUUGAUGUAGAUAUUACAACGAAAAUAGGAAUACAAAUAUAAAUGUAAGACGGGAUAAUUCACAUUAAUUGAGGAAUCGGUAUCUUAGAAUUUACUUGUUAUGAUUAUAUUACAGAUAUCUAUUUAUUUACCUAUUUCAAAUUGGGGAUCAUAAACAUAAUUGGUACAUCGAACGGCAGUCAUUUUAUGUUUUAACCCUUUUCACGCUUAUAAAGUAAAAGUAGCUUCAAUCGUACCUACAUUAAAUAGAUACAUAACUUACGGUACCUAUUGGGCUUUGGCAAUACGUCAUACCUCUAUACGAAAUAUAGUAUGCUUAGACUAAUAAUUAUAUUGCACUUGUAGCUAGAUUUUGACACAAAACCCUAUAGCAUUACCUACACUGAUGAUAUAGUGUAACGAAUAACUAUACGUAAGUGUCUAUAAAGUGCGCAAUUAUAUAAAUUAUCUUACUUUCGAAUUAUAAACUGUAUAAUUUAUAGACACAUAGCAAUUGAAUUAUUUACAGUAAGUUCUCAAACUAUGGAUAAAGAAAUUUUGGUUGGUUACGUUUGUAUUAAAGAUUUAUUCUGCGUUCGUUAACUAAUUAAGGUAAUAUGAACACUAAAGUUAAUUAUAAAGCUGUUGUUGUUGUUGCUAAACAAGUUAUACAAUGUACUCAUAUGAAAUGAUGAAUAGUAUUUCCGAAAGACGAAUAACGGUAAAACAUUUUCACAAUCUGUAAAUGAAAUGAUCUAUGGCAAAAGUUAUCAUUUAUCCACAAAUCAUGUUUCAAACUUAAAACAAAUGUUUUAACGAUAUUCGGUCUUUUAUUAGAAAGACAUGGUCAGUCGAAACAACUAUACCUCGAAUAAUGCAUAAUCACUGAAGAAUCAGUAAAGUAGAAGAAAAAAAAUAUAAAUACCAUAAAAUUUUACAAUAUUGUUAAACCCUUUU